ACGCUUCUUUCUUCGUUUUUUAGGCCCCCUAAACCGGUUGAAGAAUAAUCAACUCAUCACAUAUUGAUUUCUUAUUUUUCAUACUUCACUAGUUUUUUCUUUUUUUUUUAUUUGGUUUUUUUUUUCCUAUAAUCAACUCAUCACAGAUUGAUAUCACAGAUUUCUUCAAAUGCAUCCGAGUAUUGUUGAAGAAUUUUGGGUUCGUAUGGGUUUCGAUUUUUUUUAUUGUUCUUAUUAUCCGUUCCUUCAUCUCGUAAUUAAAUUUAUUUGUUUCCGUUUCGCAGGUGAUUUUUGAUUUUGGUUUCGUAGUAGUUCGUAGUUUGGCCGGGCUGAUUCUGUUCUGGCCGAACGAUUCCAGUGUUGUAGCUGGUUGACGGUUGGCUGUUGAUUAUCCCGGUUCGGCAACACGACGAUUUAAGGAUCACAAAUGUCAAUGACGAACACGAGUGAGAAAUAAGUAAUAGUUUUCGCGGUGUAUGAAUUAGUCGAACAAAUGCAAGUACUGGGGAAAGUGCCGAGGCUCUCGCCAGUGCGAUCAACGAUAUAUCGAAACAAGAUAAAGAAGCGGGCGACGAUUCAAUGGGUGGAGACCACAUACCGCAACCUGCCAUGCACUCCAACGAGAAUGACUCGGAGAACAUGUCCUCAUUGCACGGUGAAGGUUACAUGUCUAAUAUGCAAGGUGAAGGGACUUCAACCUCACAUCAAAGUAGGGGUAAAAAGAAAGGCAACAAGCGUUCCCGAAACGAUGACCUCGAUGGUCGUAUCGUGGAUAUGAUGGCGGAUAUGACUAGGACUUUUGCGGAGACUAAAACAUGCCUAGGCGAGUUGGCCCACCGUAUUGGUUUUGAGCACGAUGCGUCAACUACACGUAAAAAGGUGUUGGAUGCCCUAUCGCCGUUAUGUUUAGGUGUCGAGGAUAAGAUUACCGUCGCUAAAGCCGUUUGCAAUAGCCCAACCGAUCUCGACAUCUUUUUCGGAUUAAAUGAAACUGAAAAGGGGGUUAUGGUUCGAAUGAUCCUCGAAGGGCGCUACUUCGGUUAGCUAGAAUAUCAUCCACUCACAAUGUGAAGAAACUUUUUCCCGUAUUCGGACCCUAUCUUACGGCGUUAUUUGCAUUGAAGACAUUUCUAUUAGUUUUUCCGUAUGAACUUAUAAAUUUUGGCCGAUUAUAUGUCUGUAAAUAUUCUGUUAGUUUGGAGCUACUAUGCCUAAAUGGUAAGCUAAAAAAAUAUUUUGUUAUUUAGGAGCUACUGGUCAAUUUGAAACAUGUUCAGGGGAUGUGUAAUAUUCCAAGAUUUAUGUCAAUAUGCAUGCGUUAUAUUCACACUGCAACAGGUUAUAGUUGCAGGCCUUCGUGC